AUGAGAAAAGAAUGUAAAGUGAUCAGUAAUCGAUCAGCUUGCAGUAUAUUUGCUCUUUUUCAGAUAUACCUAAUUGAUAUUGGACAAACCGAAUUCGUUGAUCAACGUUCGAUUUAUUUAUUGCCUGUAGAACUUCAUUCAAUGCCACCAAUGGCGGUACCUUUAGUACUGGCAAACUGUCGCAUUGGUUAUGAAAGUACGGUUAGUUGCCACAUGGAUCACUUCUCAAUGCUUAACAUUGGUUCAACAUGCAUAUUUGCGUUAUCAUCUUCCUAUCAAGGCCAAUCCCUAUCACUGUCAAAGGAUGGGUAUUACCCGAGUUUCAUGAAUUCACCAUAUCCACCACCUCUUUUGGCUCGAGUUUUUGGUGGAACAUCACUACGUGAUGAAAUAUUCUGCAAAUGGGGAUUACCAGAAAUUGCUUCUGUGAAUCAUUCACUUUAUCCACUAUAUUGCCCAUCAGCGUUUUCAUUCAAUAAGUUUACUCUAGGUUAUCCGUUACCGGUUACAUUGACUGUACGGGUAACCGAGAAGAUCACCCAUAAUUAUUAUUGGCUUCGUGAUACUUCUAUCUGUUCUAUUAUUAGCAAGCAAAUUGUACUGCCAUCUAACGGUUUAUGGCCAUACAUCGACAACAAACGUUCAUUGGCCUGUAUUGCACAUAUUCAACGGCCAGUGCGCAAACAAUCUCGUUAUUAUCGAGCUGUAGCUAGUAAUUUUGAUAACCAGAAAAGUUGUUGUACAGUAUUUCUGAUUGAUUAUGGUCAGACAUUGUAUUGCGAUGUUCAUCAUCUCUUCGAUUUAUCUGAUCAGCCUCCGGUAGUUUUGUAUACAUUGGCUGCAGCAUUUAAGAGCCGUGUAAACCGUAAGAAUGCAACUGAAGGCGAAAUUCACGCUGCGAAGCUUGCGGUGGAUGAGCGAUACAUUAUCCAGGUAACUGGAAAAGAAGAUGAGACAAGUUAUGUUGCCACUGUUGAUAUGCAUAUCCAGGCUGAUUUUCAGUAUCCAAGACUUUCAUAUGGCAUGAUCCGAUCAGAUCAACCGAAAUAG